CCAGAGGGAGGUGGGUCUGUGGAGUGUCUCCAGAGGGACAUGGGUCUGUGGAGUGUCUCCAGAGGGAGGUGGGUCUGUGGAGUGUCUCCAGAGGGAGGUGGGUCUGUGGAGUGUCUCCAGAGGGUGGUGGGUCUGUGGAGUGUCUCCAGAGGGAGGUGGGUCUGUGGAGUGUCUCUGUCCAGAGGGAGGUGGGUCUGUGGAGUGUCUCCAGAGGGAGGUGGGUCUGUGGAGUGUCUCCAGAGGGUGGUGGGUCUGUGGAGUGUCUCCAGAGGGAGGUGGGUCUGUGGAGUGUCUCCAGAGGGACGUGGGUCUGUGGAGUGUCUCCAGAGGGAGGUGGGUCUGUGGAGUGUCUCCAGAGGGUGGUGGGUCUGUGGAGUGUCUCCAGAGGGAGGUGGGUCUGUGGAGUGUCUCCAGAGGGAGGUGGGUCUGUGGAGUGUCUCCAGAGGGAGGUGGGUCUGUGGAGUGUCUCCAGAGGGUGGUGGGUCUGUGGAGUGUCUCCAGAGGGACGUGGGUCUGUGGAGUGUCUCCAGAGGGAGGUGGGUCUGUGGAGUGUCUCUGUCCAGAGGGAGGUGGGUCUGUGGAGUGUCUCUGUCCAGAGGGAGGUGGGUCUGUGGAGUUUCUCUGUCCAGAGGGUGGUGGGUCUGUGGAGUGUCUCCAGAGAGAGGUGGGUCUGUGGAGUGUCUCCAGAGGGAGGUGGGUCUGUGGAGUGUCUCCAGAGGGAGGUGGGUCUGUGGAGUGUCUCUGUCCAGAGGGAGGUGGGUCUGUGGAGUGUCUCUGUCCAGAGGGUGGUGGGUCUGUGGAGUGUCUCUGUCCAGAGGGAGGUGGGUCUGUGGAGUGUCUCUGUCCAGAGGGAGGUGGGUCUGUGGAGUGUCUCUGUCCAGAGGGUGGUGGGUCUGUGGAGUGUCUCUGUCCAGAGGGAGGUGGGUCUGUGGAGUGUCUCCAGAGGGAGGUGGGUCUGUGGAGUGUCUCUGUCCAGAGGGAGGUGGGUCUGUGGAGUGUCUCUGUCCAGAGGGUGGUGGAUCUGUGGAGUGUCUCCAGAGGGUGGUGGGACUGUGGAGUGUCUCUGUCCAGAGGGAGGUGGGUCUGUGGAGUGUCUCCAGAGGGAGGUGGGACUGUGGAGUGUCUCUGUCCAGAGGGUGGUGGGUCUGUGGAGUGUCUCCAGAGGGUGGUGGGUCUGUGGAGUGUCUUCAGAGGGUGGUGGGUCUGUGGAGUGUCUCCAGAGGGAGGUGGGUCUGUGGAGUGUCUCCAGAGGGAGGUGGGUCUGUGGAGUGUCUCUGUCCAGAGGGAGGUGGGUCUGUGGAGUGUCUCUGUCCAGAGGGAGGUGGGUCUGUGGAGUGUCUCCAGAGGGAGGUGGGUCUGUGGAGUGUCUCUGUCCAGAGGGUGGUGGGUCUGUGGAGUGUCUCCAGAGGGAGGUGGGUCUGUGGAGUGUCUCUGUCCAGAGGGUGGUGGGUCUGUGGAGUGUCUCCAGAGGGAGGUGGGUCUGUGGAGUGUCUCUGUCCAGAGGGAGGUGGGUCUGUGGAGUGUCUCUGUCCAGAGGGAGGUGUGUCUGUGGAGUGUCUCCAGAGGGACGUGGGUCUGUGGAGUGUCUCUGUCCAGAGGGAGGUGGGUCUGUGGAGUGUCUCUGUCCAGAGGGUGGUGGGUCUGUGGAGUGUCUCUGUCCAGAGGGUGGUGGGUCUGUGGAGUGUCUCCAGAGGGUGGUGGGUCUGUGGAGUGUCUCUGUCCAGAGGGAGGUGGGUCUGUGGAGUGUCUCUGUCCAGAGGGAGGUGGGUCUGUGGAGUGUCUCCAGAGGGAGGUGGGUCUGUGGAGUGUCUCCAGAGGGAGGUGGGUCUGUGGAGUGUCUCUGUCCAGAGGGAGGUGGGUCUGUGGAGUGUCUCCAGAGGGAGGUGGGUCUGUGGAGUGUCUCUGUCCAGAGGGUGGUGGGUCUGUGGAGUGUCUCUGUCCAGAGGGAGGUGGGUCUGUGGAGUGUCUCUGUCCAGAGGGAGGUGGGUCUGUGGAGUGUCUCCAGAGGGAGGUGGGUCUGUGGAGUGUCUCUGUCCAGAGGGUGGUGGGUCUGUGGAGUGUCUCUGUCCAGAGGGAGGUGGGUCUGUGGAGUGUCUCUGUCCAGAGGGUGGUGGGUCUGUGGAGUGUCUCUGUCCAGAGGGAGGUGGGUCUGUGGAGUGUCUCUGUCCAGAGGGUGGUGGGUCUGUGGAGUGUCUCCAGAGGGAGGUGGGUCUGUGGAGUGUCUCUGUCCAGAGGGUGGUGGGUCUGUGGAGUGUCUCUGUCCAGAGGGUGGUGGGUCUGUGGAGUGUCUCUGUCCAGAGGGUGGUGGGUCUGUGGAGUGUCUCCAGAGGGUGGUGGGUCUGUGGAGUGUCUCUGUCCAGAGGGAGGUGGGUCUGUGGAGUGUCUCUGUCCAGAGGGAGGUGGGUCUGUGGAGUGUCUCUGUCCAGAGGGAGGUGGGUCUGUGGAGUGUCUCCAGAGGGAGGUGGGUCUGUGGAGUGUCUCUGUCCAGAGGGAGGUGGGUCUGUGGAGUGUCUCCAGAGGGAGGUGGGACUGUGGAGUGUCUCUGUCCAGAGGGUGGUGGGUCUGUGGAGUGUCUCCAGAGGGAGGUGGGUCUGUGGAGUGUCUCUGUCCAGAGGGUGGUGGGUCUGUGGAGUGUCUCUGUCCAGAGGGAGGUGGGUCUGUGGAGUGUCUCUGUCCAGAGGGAGGUGGGUCUGUGGAGUGUCUCCAGAGGGAGGUGGGUCUGUGGAGUGUCUCUGUCCAGAGGGUGGUGGGUCUGUGGAGUGUCUCCAGAGGGAGGUGGGUCUGUGGAGUGUCUCUGUCCAGAGGGUGGUGGGUCUGUGGAGUGUCUCUGUCCAGAGGGUGGUGGGUCUGUGGAGUGUCUCCAGAGGGUGGUGGGUCUGUGGAGUGUCUCUGUCCAGAGGGUGGUGGGUCUGUGGAGUGUCUCCAGAGGGAGGUGGGUCUGUGGAGUGUCUCCAGAGGGUGGUGGGUCUGUGGAGUGUCUCCAGAGGGAGGUGGGUCUGUGGAGUGUCUCUGUCCAGAGGGUGGUGGGUCUGUGGAGUGUCUCUGUCCAGAGGGAGGUGGGUCUGUGGAGUGUCUCCAGAGGGUGGUGGGUCUGUGGAGUGUCUCCAGAGGGAGGUGGGUCUGUGGAGUGUCUCUGUCCAGAGGGUGGUGGGUCUGUGGAGUGUCUCUGUCCAGAGGGAGGUGGGUCUGUGGAGUGUCUCUGUCCAGAGGGUGGUGGGUCUGUGGAGUGUCUCUGUCCAGAGGGAGGUGGGUCUGUGGAGUGUCUCUGUCCAGAGGGUGGUGGGUCUGUGGACUAUCUCCAGCUGGACAUGGAUCUGUGGAGUGUCUCUGUCCAGAUGGUGGUGGGUCUGUGGACUAUCUCCAGCGGGUCGGGUGUGGAUUUACAGAAUUCAUUGCCACUGACAGGAGAUUUGGUGAAUUUAAGACGAGUGGUAUGCUCCUGAUUGGUUUGGGAGGGGGGAGGUGAAAAUUCAGCCCAGAUUGAAUGGAGGAGUAGAUAAUGGUGGCUGGCUCAGUGAGCAGACAGCCCAGCCUGGGUGAUGGGUAUUGCUGAUGAUGAGUGCUUUUGUCUACGACAGUGCUUCAGGUAGAUGUCCUCAAUAGUUGGGGGAUUUUACCUCUGACUACACUGCCUUUUGUACGAUUUUCCCUUUAAAGGCACUGGUGAUUCCAUAGCAGUCCAUGAUACAGCCAUCCCCAUCCCUUCUCACUAACUCUCUUUCACCGCACCCAGG